GAAAAGCAAGGAUUUCUGAAUUUACUGUGACUACAGAUAGAAGGAUGUUGCCUUAGGAAUAGCAGAGGUCUUCUCUCAGCUGCUAAACAGUGCCCGCUGCUGCCAUAGACACUUGGGUGCUCGAGAAAUCUCCUGAAGGACUUGUCCAUUGUGUACUUGCAAUGAGCCAGGCCCUAGGCUGGGCCUUGGCUACAGCCUGGUGAACAAAACUCUCUCCCAGCCUCAAGCGCGCACACCCAGGAAAGAUGAGUGAAGAACGGUGGGUCUCCCUCACUCCAGAAGAAUUUGGCCAACUCCAGAAAUAUGCAGAAUAUUCUUCCAAGAAGAUAAAUGAUGUCUUGGCUGAAUUUAAUGAGGGUGGGAGCCUCAAACAAUAUGACCCACAUGAGCCUAUUAGCUAUGACGUCUUCAAGCUGUUCAUGAGGGCGUACCUGGAGGUGGACCUUCCACAGCCACUGAGCACACACCUCUUCCUGGCCUUCAGCCAGAAGCCCAGACAGGAGACCCUGUCCCACCCAAAGGAGGGGGCCAGCAACAGCGAAGCCAGUGGGCCAGAUUCCAACAUACAGAAUGCAGAUAAUGCUGCCAAAGCAGACGAGGCUUGUGCCCCUGAUAUGGGAUCAAAGAUCACCGAGAAGCAAGUGCCAACUAAAGACCAAGUGUCUGUGACCCCCGUGGGAAACCAUGAUGCUCAGUCUUCAGGCUCAGAAUCCCCCAUAGUGUACCUGAAGGAUGUCAUGUGUUACCUGUCCUUGCUGGAAACGGGGAGACCUCAGGAUAAGCUAGAGUUCAUGUUUCGUCUCUAUGAUUCGGAUGAGAAUGGUCUCCUGGACCAAGCGGAGAUGGAUCGUAUUGUCAACCAGAUGCUACACAUUGCCCAGUAUCUCGAGUGGGAUCCCACGGAGCUAAGGCCUAUAUUGAAGGAGAUGUUACAAGGGAUGGACUACGACCGGGAUGGCUUUGUGUCUCUCCAGGAGUGGGUCCACGGAGGGAUGACCACCAUCCCAUUGCUUGUCCUCCUGGGCAUGGACGACUCUGGCUCCAAGGGGGACGGGAGGCACGCCUGGACCAUGAAGCAUUUCAAGAAACCAACCUACUGCAACUUCUGCCAUGUCACGCUGAUGGGUGCUCGGAAGCAAGGCCUGUGCUGCAUUUACUGUAAAUACACUGUCCAUGAACGCUGUGUAUCCAAAAACAUUCCUGGAUGUAUCAAAACGAACUCAAAAACCAAAAGGGGCGGUGAGUUUCACCGCAAAUGUGAAUUGUCAACUUUGUGUGAUGGUGGGGAGCUCAGAGACCACAUUUUGCUGCCCACGUCAAUAUGCCCCAUCACCCGGUAUAAGAUCAUCCCCACCCCGGGUACCCACCCCCUGCUGGUUUUGGUGAACCCCAAGAGUGGAGGGAGACAAGGAGAAAGAAUUCUUCGGAAAUUCCACUAUCUGCUCAACCCCAAACAAGUUUUCAACCUGGACAAUGGGGGGCCUACUCCAGGGUUUAACUUUUUCCGUGAUACUCCAGACUUCCGUGUCUUGGCCUGCGGAGGAGAUGGGACAGUUGGCUGGAUUUUGGAUUGCAUUGAUAAGGCCAACUUCGCAAAGCAUCCACCCGUGGCUGUCCUGCCUCUUGGAACAGGAAAUGACCUGGCCCGCUGUCUCCGCUGGGGAGGGGGUUAUGAAGGGGGCAGCCUGACGAAAAUCCUGAAGGACAUUGAGCAGAGCCCCUUGGUGAUGCUGGACCGCUGGCAUCUGGAAGUCAUCCCCAGAGAGGAGGCGGAGAAUGGGGACCAGGUCCCGUACAACCUCAUGAACAACUAUUUCUCUAUCGGCGUGGAUGCUUCCAUCGCACACAGAUUCCACGUGAUGAGAGAGAAACACCCUGAAAAAUUCAACAGCAGGAUGAAGAACAAGCUGUGGUACUUUGAAUUCGGCACCUCAGAGACCUUCGCAGCCACCUGCAAGAAACUCCACGACCACAUAGAGUUGGAGUGUGACGGAGUUGGGGUGGACCUGAGCGGCAUCUUCCUUGAAGGCAUUGCUAUUCUCAACAUUCCCAGCAUGUACGGUGGCACCAAUCUCUGGGGAGAAACCAAGAAGAACCGGGCUGUGAUCCGGGAAAGCAGGAAGGUCGUCACUGACCCCAAGGAACUGAAAUUCUGCAUUCAAGACCUCAGUGACCAGCUUCUUGAAGUGGUGGGGCUAGAGGGAGCCAUGGAAAUGGGGCAGAUCUACACUGGCCUGAAGAGUGCAGGCAGGAGGCUGGCCCAGUGCUCCUCUGUCUCCAUCAGGACGAACAAGCUGCUGCCAAUGCAAGUGGAUGGAGAGCCCUGGAUGCAGCCACCUUGCACGAUUAAAAUUACUCACAAGAACCAAGCGCCUAUGAUGAUGGGGCCCCCCCAGAAGAGCAGCUUCUUUUCUCUGAGAAGGAAGAGCCGUUCAAAAGACUAGACACUAUGCCCAAUGCCACUUCAACCAAGAGAGAAGACAAGAAACUGAAGCACACACAUACACACAUACACACAUACACACCACACACAUGCGCGUGCACACGCGCACACACACACACACACACACACACACACACACUCUUCUCCAACCAGUGGAAGCCAAGCCACCCUUCAGCAAGAAGGCUUCACCCUGACAUCCAUUCUAUUUCAACCAUGGACACACUCCAACAGAGCCAGUGCCGGCAGGACGUUGUGAAUGGACUUAGAGCCCUCCAGGGUGCAGCUGGCUCAUGCAGCAACUCCCACUUUCCCAGAAGACCUUGAGCGGGACUUUCUGAGACUGAAGGAGAAACCCCCCCCCCUUUCUUUCCACCACCGCUGCAAGUUUCCUCGCCGCUCACAAGGAGCAGGCUGCAGGUUUCCUGUCUAAGGGGAGAUCGGAUGUGGCCAAGGGAAAAAGCCUGCGUUCCAGGGGACGCUCACAAAGGUCCCUCUGUGAGGAGACA